AUGUCCGAACCGUGUGAUUCGGCUCUCGUUUUCCCACCAUGCGCCUCAUUCGAAAAGCCCCACGAUCUGGACAUUGUGAGGAAAAUCGUUGAGCGUGAGGGCUGUCUUGAGGCACUACAGCAGCUACUUGGGGCAGCGAGUAAGCCGCAACAGCCUCGAAUCUCCGGGAUAUCCAAAGCUCCGAUAGUUUUCCAGAGUGUGAUCGACCAACUUCGCUCCGUGAGUGUGCAGAUUGUCGAGGACAUCGACCAGUGGCAGCAAAUGCAGAAAGCUAAAGCGCAGGCCAUAGCCUUCAAAUGGCGCGGUGUUAACUACUUGCUCAAGAUGACAGCCGACUUGGACUUCCUCACAUCCUUCAGAGGCGUGGCUCUCCUCGAGUCUCUUCAAGUGCUACGGCUGAUGCAGAAUCCGUUUCUUGCUCACAUGCACCUAGACCACCCGAUACUUCGCGAGAGCGACCCUGAAUCAGCAGUCCAAGUGUUUGGAAACUGGGUCGGCGAUGUCAGUAUACGGCGUGUAUUCUCUGCGUCAAAGCUGCUACUCCGUGAACGGGAGGCAGAAACCCGUCGUCGACUGGAGCAAGCGCCUGAACAGCGUUAUCCGUUGAGUACGGAUGAAGUUAACAACGAUUCCGCUGCUGUAGCCCCGAUCAAAUCACAGCAAAGAACGUCGUCAACAAGAGCAAAGGUUCGCUAUCUCAACCAGGACCAUAGUGAAACGUCACUCGGAACCGCUCCUGCUUCAACUAGCUCGCGAGAAGCUGCAAUGCGUGAGGAUAUUGCACUGAGCCGAGAGUUUAUUGCCCAAGCGGAACGCGAGCUAGGCGCCAUGCGAGAUGACCUCGCCGCUCUACAAGCACGUCUCGACGAUACAAUUCUUCCCGACAAACGUCGACGACUACAGGUCCGGAUCGGAAGUCUCGUCAACGACUUCAAAUUCCGUUCAGGAGAUAUGUACCAACGUAGAAACGACCUCAAACGCAAAGAAACUAUUUACCGCACGAUUAGAGAGCGCCGGGGAUCGGAGAAGACUUACUCUCAACUGUUCGAGGCAGCUUUAUUGGAGGACGAGCAGGUGCGUAACGACCUCGUACUGCGUGUGAAUGCGUCACUGUCUAAAGCGAGAGUCGAUGAGCACAAGCGCGGUGCUGCGUCGUCUACCCCAAACAUUGAGCAGUGGGGAGUUCGCGAGGUGCAAAGCUUCCUGGACUCGCUGGGGCUAGACGACGGCAGCUACGGUGCCGACUUCCGAGAUCAGGGUAUUGACGGCGCACUUAUUGCUCAGGCAACUGACCGCGACCUUGAAGAGCUUGGGGUCAACAUUCGCCUUCAUCGAGUUCGCAUCUUGACCGAAUGCAACAUGAAACGAGACCCUAGAAAUGGAUAG